AUGUCCUCUACCACCCCACCCUACCAAGUUACCCUCGAGAAUAUCGCCCAUGUCCUCCAGAAUGACACCCGGGUCAAGCUGGCCGGUGUUGACGUCGAUGGCAUGCUCCGCGGCAAGCUCGUCUCCAAGAAGAAGUUCCUCUCCAUCGUAGCUGAUGGCUUCGGCUUCUGCUCCGUCAUCUUUGGCUGGGAUAUGCAUGACCGCACAUACUUCAAGGAAUUGACCAUCAGCAACAAAGAGAACGGGUACCGCGAUCUCGUGGCAGUUCCGGAUCUAAGCAGUUUCCGUCGCAUUCCAUGGGAGAACAAUGUACCAUUUUUCCUGGUCAGCUUUUUGGAUCCCGAUACGAAUAAGCCGGUCUGUGCUUGUCCGCGGGGGCUAUUAAAGUCCGCUCUGGGGAAGGCGGAGGCUGCGGGGUAUCGUGCCAUGGCGGGGGCGGAAUAUGAGUUCUAUCAGUUCCGCGCGCCAGGAGCACACUCCAAUCCCGAGCGCAAUGCAUCGGCCACGGCAACCUUUCUUAAGGAGAACCCCGUCGAGUCACUUCCUCCGCUGACGGAGGGCAUGUUUGGGUACAGUCUGACCCGUCCCAUCCACAACCAAGACUACUAUUAUGGAGUGUUCGAUGCGUGUGAACAGUUCAAUUGUGAAAUCGAGGGUUGGCAUACAGAGAGCGGUCCCGGUGUUUAUGAGGCGGCACUACAGUUCGGAGAGGCCAAAGAGAUGGCGGACAAAGCUGGUCUAUUCAAAUACGUCGUCAAGUCGAUCGGCACCAAGCACGGCAUCACACCCACCUUUAUGGCCAAGCCACGCGAGGGUUUACCCGGAAAUAGCGGACACAUGCACAUCUCACUGGUCUCGAGCGAUGGGAAGAAUGCGUUCAUCCGCGACACGCCCGACCCAAAUCCGCCAUAUCCUGACGUGGCUUAUCUCUCCGAUCUAGGGCGACAUUUCCUGGCCGGGGUCCUCACUGGUCUUCCUGAUAUCAUGCCAAUGUUUGCACCCACGGUGAACUCUUACAAGCGGCUGGUGGAGAACUUCUGGGCGCCGGUUACGGUCUCCUGGGGACUGGAGCAUCGGGCGGCCUCGAUUCGGCUUAUCACCCCACCUACGGCGAGCGCAAAAGCAACCCGGCUGGAGGUGCGUGUGCCCGGGGCUGACGCAAACCCGCAUUUUGUUUUAGCAGCAGUUGUUGCAUUGGGGUGGCGGGGUGUGGAGAAGAAGCUGGAGAUUCCGGUUCCGCCGCUGUCCAAGGGCGAGGAUAUGGGCGGGGCAAGCGAUAAGGGGGUCCGAUUAGCCAAGUCGCUGCGGGAAGCCACGACGGCGUUCAUGCGCAAAGACAGUGUCGCACGGGAGGUCUUUGGCGAUGCGUUUGUGGAGCAUUUUGGGGGCACGCGGGAGCAUGAAGUGCGCUUGUGGGAGGAGGCCGUCACGGAUUGGGAGGUCCGACGCUAUAUUGAGACGGUGUAA